AAAUCUUGAGCCUUAGGGCGAUUGUGAAUUUCUAGGCUAUUUAAAAUGCCUACAUAGAGAGUACAGCAACUUCAUGGAAGGUGACAAAUAUUUCUACGUGGAAUGGUAGAUCCGUUAAGUAACCAUACCACAGUCAGAAAUUUACCUCCUGAAAUACUGCUGCGUGUUUUCAACUAUCUCAAUACUGGAGAUCUAAUCAGUUGUAUUCACGUGUGUACUAGCUGGAGACAAAUAGCUCUGGACAACUUUUUAUGGCAGAAGAAAUUGGUGCUAAUCUUAAAAACCCGAUGGUCUACUCUUGUUUGCGACUCCAAACCCAGUCAUGCUCCAGAUCUACAACGACUACAAACAGUUCAUCCGUACAAAGUGUAUCAUUUCCUGAAAAAUUAUGUUCCUCAGCAUUUACUUAUUGACCAGAAAGAAGCAUCUAAAAUUCAACUUUUAAUUACCAAGCUUAACGAGCUUAGUACUUCGCCAACACCUUCUGUAGAUCACACACCAAGUCGGCUGUCUUUCAGUGAAUUGUUCUGGAACUGGUGGAAUAGCACUAGACGCAGACUGUCUAUUAAUCAUACUUCACGCCUAAAUGAUACAGUGCGCCAACGUUGUCGAUUUGCUGUGUUUGGACCUGGUUUUGAUCAGAGAGCGACAAGCUGUCUAUUCAGUAAACUGGUCGAUGUUAAAACAAAGUCAUUUGAACCGUUAAAUAUGAUUCCAGGGAGAAUGGGUUUUGGUGCUGGACUAACACUUCGAUUGCACAACCAAGCUCAAAUAGCAGCAUUAGAUUCUUCUUUAUAUACUCCAGGUAAAAUUUAUGUACAUAUGAAAAAUGAAUCAAGAAAAUCUGUUCAGUCGUAUACCUCUACAGGCUGUGCAUAUGGAAUAAAUCAACUAGAUGAUUUCAUAUUUGAUUUACAUUAUCUUUAUUCUCUAAGUGGACAUCUAAGUCAUAAAUUCAAUAGUCAACUAGAAAGAAUUAAUGCAAGCCGUCUUUUUGCACAUUCAGAUCACACUAAUACUUUAUCAAAUGAUUCUUCUCUGCUGAAUGGAUUAAUGGCUUUUUCAGUGAUAUUCUUUAUUGGUUACCUCGAUGCUCUCAAUAGCCUGUUACAUAUGUGUAAUAUUCGCCACUGUUGAACAACGAUUCUUCCAGUCUUUAAUUAUCUGCACCACAACAAAUGUUUUCAGUACUACCAAUCUGAAUUGCUGGGAAAGAUAACACUUGAAGAGUGAGAAAUGCCUGAACUAAGACAUUCACCUGGAUUAAAUGAUUGUAUGGAUACUUACUUAUUCCUGAAAUCAUCGAAGUAAGUUAUUGUUGGUCAAUAGAGCUACGAACAUAAGAAUUACUGUUGAAAUGGACGUUUAUCUGACGAAACACUAGGUUUUGCAGACGGGUCAAUCAUAUCGACUACUCACAAUGCAAACACUGAAUAUUGCACCGUUUGAUGUGGAAAAAGAAUUGUGAGUAGGAAUGAUUUAAACUCAGAAAGAUAUGUAUGUACUGUAAAGUGAUAUUUUCCUGCUAUUUUCAUAACAUUUAGACAUUUGAUAUCAUGAUAGAGUUUAAUAUCCUCCCUAUGUACCAUUCAAAACUGCUCAAACCUUUUAUGUUUCUCUGCAAUUAUCAGUUUGAUGAGGCUUGUAAACUGGCUUCUCUCAUGUUGAAUUCAUAACUUGAGAAUAAAGAUAUUUAUUCAUUCUAUCUACCUCAAACCCACCAUGAAUGUAAGCAAAUAUCACCAGUGUACAUUUGAGUCAAAAGGAUUCUUUUCAAGGUUAGCUGGAUGGAGGAGAGUUAAUCGUCACCCGUUCAUUUUAAAAUUAGAUUUUAAAUUCAUAAUAUGUAUAUGAUUGUGAGUCCGAAUUUCACCUUAAACAUCCUAAAUUUUCAAUCAAGUUUCUUUGAACAGGGAUAAUAGUCCGAAGUCAGCAUCGUAGUUUCAUCGAAGCCAGUGCUUUUGGGCUGAGGACUUUCUUCUCUAACUUCUGAACAACAACAGCUAGCUGUUUAUUAAGUCGUCUAUGAUGUAUUUGAGAAGGAUGGUUGAAAGCUGAACGUGUUACCUUUUUCCUUUUUCAUAGUCAUUGUAGAAGAUCGACUACCCUAAACAGUCCUCUUAUGACGCAGAAAUAUUUUUUUAAUAGUCAUCUGUUUGGUUCCUCAUUUUAAAUGCCUAUUGAAAUUACGUAACUUCCCUUUGGCAUGUGACUUAUAUUGACUUUCGAUCAGAAAUUACUCUGGAAUGUCCUAUCCUUCCCAUAAUGCCUUCAGGAGUGGACAGCUAAGAGAAUGAUCCCGUCGUGAAAAUUUUUAUUCGCUAUGAUCAUCUUAUGUCUAAUCCUAACUUUACUAAUCUCUUAGUUAAAGACAAUCAACACUUAGUUUCAUACAAGAAUGCUUCUGUUUUACUACAAUGUUUUCUUUGAGCACCAGGAAAGAACUUUUAAAAAGGUUCAAUAUUUUAACAUGUUUUGAACAAAAUAUUUAUUGAGUU